GAGACGCGCAUGCGCCUGAGCGCUGCCUCGCCGCAGGGCUACCCCGUUACUCUUUUCCCGCGGCUCUGCUGCGUCCCCCCAAUGGCGCUGAACAAGUCGAUGCACGCGCGGAACCGUUACAAGGACGCGCCGCCCGACUUCGCGUACCUGGCCUCCAAGUACCCCGCCUUCCGCCAGCACGUGCACACCACGCUGGCCGGCCGUGCCAGUCUCAACUUCAAGGACCCGGAGGCGGUGCGCGCCCUGACCUGCACGCUGCUGCGCGAGGACUUCGGCCUGGCCAUUGACAUCCCGCUGGAGCGGCUCAUCCCCACUGUCCCGCUGCGGCUCAACUACAUCCACUGGGUGGAAGACCUGGUGGGGCCAUGUGGCGCCGAGGGGCUGGCUGUGCGGCGAGGCAUUGACAUAGGUACAGGGGCAUCAUGCAUCUACCCUUUACUUGGAGCCACAUUGAAUGGCUGGUAUUUCCUUGCAACAGAAGUGGAUGAUAUGUGCUUCAAUUAUGCAAAGAAAAAUGUGGAACAGAAUAAUUUAUCUGAUCUUAUAAAAGUGGUUAAAGUACCACAGAAGACGCUUCUAAUGGAUGCACUAAAAGAGGAAUCUGAGAUCAUUUAUGAUUUUUGCAUGUGUAAUCCUCCCUUUUUUGCCAACCAGCUGGAAGCUCAGGGUGUAAAUUCUCGAAAUCCUCGACGCCCACCUCCCAGCUCUGUAAACACUGGGGGGAUUACUGAGAUCAUGGCUGAAGGAGGAGAACUAGAAUUUGUAAAAAGAAUAAUCCAUGAUAGUCUGCAGCUCAAAAAGAGAUUGCGAUGGUACAGCUGCAUGCUAGGAAAGAAAUGCAGUUUAGCUCCAUUAAAGGAAGAGCUUCGUAUCCAGGGGGUUCCUAAAGUAACUCACACUGAAUUCUGUCAAGGCCGUACCAUGAGGUGGGCGCUGGCAUGGAGCUUCUAUGAUGAUGUACAUGUGCCGUCGCCUCCCUCUAAAAGAAGAAAAUUAGAAAAGCCUCGGAAGCCGAUUACAUUUAUGGUCCUGGCAUCUACAAUCAAAGAAUUAUCCAGCAAAGCUUUAGCAAUGGGCUGGGAUGUUGUGGAAGCAAUAGCUGUGGUUACAGCAUGGAUAGAAAAAAUACUUGGUGAUCUGAAGGUUCAGCAUAAAAGUGCUCCAUCUGCAAAAGGUGAAGUUAGUCUCUUUUUAACAGCCAUUGAAAAUUCUUGGAUUCAUUUGAGAAGAAAGAAACGAGAGAGAGUAAGACAACUACGAGAACUUCCUCGAGCUUCUGAAGAUAUCCUGCAAGCAAUGGAAGAGGAGAGAAGCAGUCAAAAAAAUCUGAGCUUAGAUUCUGAAAAAAAGACUGAAAGUUCUGAAAUAGAGUCUGUGACACUUGAAGAUGUCAGCUCAACCAAGACUGACCAGCAAAGUGAAGAUUCUCCUGCAAAAGAUGAAAACAGCGAGGACCUCAUGGAAGAGGACACAGAAACAAAGCAAGUGGAAGCAGUGUUAGUGAGUGAAGACUCCAGUAAUAUCGAGGAGGAGUCCAGUAUUCCAGAUGAUGUUGGCAAGCUAACAACUGAAAAAGGACAAACUUCCCAAGGAACUAGUGGGCGCUUUCUUUUUAAGUGUUUGAUGAAUCUGAAGAAAGAAGGGGAUGAUGUGUUAGUGGAGAUGCACUGGGUUGAAGGACAGAACAGAGACUUGAUGAACCAGUUGUGCACCUACUUAAGAAACCAAAUUCUUCGGCUGGUUGGUAGUUAGCCCUCAUUCAGAAUACAGUACUUCUGCUAUUCAGAAUCAAGCACUUCUGGAUUUUUGUAAACUUGGUUUUAAUAGCUUAAAAUCUUAUGCUAACACAGUUUUUCUUACAAUGAAGAAAACUCCAAAUUCAGAUGAAAGUCAACUUUAUUUUUAAACAGAGCCUUUUUUAACUGCAGAGAUUUUCUGGGGAUAUGACAUGAUCAGGAAAGGAGUGGGGUGCAGUGCUGUAACAGAAUUACACUGUUCUGACUGUUAGAUUGAAGCAUGUUUUAGUAGCGACAGGGGACUAACUUUAGAUGGCAACAGUCCAGCUGAUUUGGGUCUCUUUAAUCUGACAAAGGGAUGCAUUUCUCAUUCUGCUUUUUGUUAACUAGAAACGAUCUUCAACACAAUUCUUUUUCUCCCAGUACUACUAUGUCAAGGCGAGUUUUGUUCUGAACUUUUUCAUGUGUAUAUUCUUCAUAUGUGUUGCCCUCUAGAGCCUAGGCUCCAUAGGAAGAUGCACCUUUCCUUGUUUCCCAAAAUAUUUAGCCUUCUGGUUUACAGAUUGAGAAGAGGCAUCAGUUCCCUAAAUGCCAGGUUCAUGCAAGCACCAAGUAGUUGUGCUGAAUGGCAUUGGAAACUCUCUGUAAACAUCGGGUAUGAGUUACUUGGCUCAUAUAAAACAAAGCAGCAGAGAAUAUAUGCAAGUAGUGGGCUUUAAAGAAUAAAAUACAUUUAUUUGAGAGAUUACUCCUGUCAAAUGGAGUUUAACUGUGGCACAUGUCUCUUUGUGUAUGUGUAUCUGCAUGGCAUUCCUUGCCCUAAUGUGUUGAAAUGUGGCAUUAAACUCUUGUUCCUGAA